CAUCUAUUUAUCUAGACCGGAUAUAGGGUUGUUAUAAACCCCGCCUCUUCCUUUCUGGACAAGAAUCGUUGGCCAACAUGGCUCCGAUUAAGAAGCAGGUCAUCAAAAAGACCAAAACAGGUGGCAAGAAGAAGAAGCAGGUCCUGAAGUUCACCCUGGACUGCACUCACCCAGUGGAGGAUGGCAUCAUGGAUGCUGCCAACUUUGAGCAAUUCCUGCAGGAGCGCAUCAAGGUCAACGGUAAAGCUGGGAACCUGGGUGGUGGUGUGGUGUCCAUUGAGAGGAGCAAGAGCAAAAUCUCUGUGAAUUCUGAAGUGCCAUUCUCCAAAAGGUAUUUGAAAUAUCUGACCAAGAAGUACCUGAAGAAGAACAACCUGAGGGACUGGCUGCGUGUGGUGGCCAACACCAAGGAGAGUUACGAACUGCGCUACUUCCAGAUCAACCAGGAUGAGGAGGAGGAGGAGGACGAAGAUUAAAUCCAUGCCACUGUCUUUUGUCAAUAAAAUUUCUAAAGAACAAAA